ACCACCUCGACUUCACUUUUCUGUCCUGCUUCUCCUCCCUCCAGCAGCACCCGUUUUGUUUUCCUCUAUAUGUGUAUUGCGCGAUUUAUCUCACGCUCCCUGUUCGAGUCGUCUAUACUGCCUAUAUAUCUAUACCUCAUUUGAGUCGUGUUUGGCUGCAGUUUGGCCGCCUACGACCCUUUCUCAUUCAUUGCGACAGCUGCUCAGGGGGUUCCUUCGCUCUCUCUUUUCCCAGGGCCUCCUUUCUGCCCUUCACUAGGCGGUUACCACUCGCUUGAGGCCGGCCCUGCGCCCUUUUCCGACCCCGGUUCAGUCCCAGAACACCUGAUUUUUCAGGCCUCGAUUGGCUCGUAUUCACCAUGGCCGAUGACCUCGAUGCUGAGUUGCUCGCAUUGGCGGGUGACGAUGCCUCCUCCGAUGAGGAGACUUCCUCCACCCCCCGCAAGCAGACCUCUGCAUCCCCUGCCCCCUCAGCUUCACCUCGUUCACCUGAACCAUCAACCAUGGCUCGAAAGGGGAUUGCGAAGCCAGUCCGUCGCGGUCGAAAGUCGAGGAGGGAUGACGAUGAGGAGGAGGAGGAGGAUGGCGAGGUAUCUGCAGCCGAUUCCCUUGACUCCGCCAGCAUGUCUGAAUCAGAAGCAGCCUCGGAUUCGGAGGGCUCCGCUGCUGAGGCCGAGGAUGAUGGCCCUAUGUUUGCCUACGAGAAGCUCUACCAUUCCGCCAAAGACAAGGAAGAGAUCAUGGCCCUUCCAGAGAUCCAGAGGGAACAAAUUCUGUCCGAACGUGCGCAGGAGGUCGAUCGUCACAAUCAGGACCUCGCUCUUCGUCGUCUUUUGGCAUCCCGGGAACGGGAGGAAGCCCGCAAGGCAAAGAAGAAUAAGCGCAAGGCUAGUGCCGCAAAUCUCGACGAGGGAAACCGCAAGAGCUCCCGACAGAAGACAACGCUGGGUGGCCGCAAAGUAGGCGAGACCUCCGAGGCUAUUGAGGCAUAUAAGCGACAGCGAGAACAGAAAGGCAAGCGGGAUGAGCUCCGGCGUCGUGAGCCCUCGGCCAAGGACAACAAGUCUCGCUCUCGCAUCUCCGAUGAAGAUGCUGAAGGGGAGAGCGAAGUUGAGUGGGAUGAUCGCGAACGGUCGCCGUCGCCUCCAAAGGACGACCCCCCUGCAGAACUGCGUGACAUCCAGAGGACUCGUGUCGGUCGCACCAACUUUGCUCAGGUCUGCUUCUACCCUGGGUUCGAUGAUUCUAUUUCGGGGUGUUAUGCCCGGGUCAAUAUUGGUCCCAGCAGGGAUACGGGGGUCAAUGAGUAUCGGCUUUGCUUGAUUAAGCGAUUCGCUGUGGGAAAACCGUAUGCCUUAGAGGGUGCCAACGGCCGAUCUUUCGUGACAAACCAGUACGCUGUUCUCGCCCACGGCAAAUCAGAACGUGAAUUUCCCUUUAUUGCUUGCUCCGAUUCCCCAUUUACAGAGGCGGAAUUUAACCGAUAUCGCCAGACCAUGGCCGUUGACGACUGCAAGAUGGCUACCAAGUCCCAAGUAGCCAGGAAAGUAAAGGAUAUCAACCGUCUACUCAACCAUAAGUUCACCACUGAGGAGCUGAACGAAAAACUGCGCAAGCAAGGUUCUCUAGACACCAAGGCGGUGUUUUUCAAACGUGUUGAGCUCGAGAAGCAAUUGAAGUAUGCUCGGGAAAUCGGUGAUGAUGCUGAGGUUGAGAGACUGCAGGGAGAGCUUGCGACCCAAGCAACUCAGAAGCUUGCCUUUGGUACUAGCACGUCCAAACCCCGUGCCGAGAAGGUCUCCGAGCACGAGCGUCUAGCGCAACUGAAUUUGCGUAACCAGAAACUCAAUACCGAAAACGUCCGUCGCGCUCAGUUGGAGGAACGGAAAGCCAGUCGCAAGGCCGCGGCCGCUGUUGCUCGGGGAGAAGCUACGAUGAAUCCUUUCAUGCGCGUCCGCACACAAGCAAGAACACACUACGACGUCAAUGGAAAGGACGACACCGCAAGCCGUGAUGCAACCUCUGUUUCGGCCACACCGUCCAACGCGAAUACGCCGGAUCGAACCAAUACUCCAUCCAAUUCACAGAAGAAGCAGCUCAAAGGCGGCAUCACGACUAUUCGUCAUCGGAACCUGGACGACGAGAACAUCGCCGCUUUGGAUUUGGACAUCGACAUUGAAAUCUAGUUUUUUAUCUUUUUCUUUUUCUUUUUUCUUUUUCUUUUUUCGGAGACAUGGAUGGGAUGUAUUUCGCACAAUCUGAUUAUCAUCAAAAAAAAGCGCAAUUCCGACCUGUUAUCUUUAUUCUUUCGGGGCUUUGCGGUGACGGCCGUGUCGCCCUCGCAGCCGUCAAGCAUCAUCCAUCUGGCGCAACUUAUGGCUCUCUGUAAUUCUUCAUCGGGAUGGUAUCUCUCUUGGGCGUUCUAGCUUAGUUGCAUGUGAUCUGUAUUAUGGAACAAUUAUACUAUUAUUAUUAUCAUUAUUUUUUGGCUGUGC